UCACUGAAAUACAGCAGACAGGGUCCACAGACCCACAGACAGGGUGCUUGAAUGCUUGAAUGUAGGCUAUCUGGAUUUAUCCACUUAUCCUCAUCCCUCUAUAGCACUCAAAUACCAGAGAUGCUGGUUUACUGCGUUACUGCUGAAGGAAACUGAGUUUUCUUUACGUUAGCGAAGAAUCUUUCGUUAAACAGGAGUCUUUCUGAACGGCGGGUUUUUUUCCCUGGUGACUAUUUUUACCAUCAGUAACGGUCCCUCAUAAAACAGCGGGAGUGAGUUCGCCAGAACAAACACAGCGCGCAUCCUAACGGUCCUCACGGCCGUCUGCAGCAGUCCUGGAGUAUUCGGCCGUUAUGACCUAAAGGACGCUGAUUGGUCACUGCUUUCUGUGCUCGUUCACCUUUCCCCACCGUGGCCCGGGGUGCAACUACAAAUAUGUUUAAAUUAAAAUGAAGGCAAGAUUGUAUUUACAGCGCCGUACUGAAGUCUGCCUAGGGUAGAGUGAGAUGUGUUAUUUUUGCUACAGUCUUAAGGAAUUUGGAUUUGAGAUCGAGACGGAUGAAUAUGAGCCAAAAGUAGACACUAUACGGUUUUAUUUCAUGGUAUUUACAUAGGCUAUUUUACCGUUUUACAGAAACAGCUGCGUUUGUGUUGAAUCCCUCCAUUUCAGCUGCGCCAAUUUAAGUUAACAGAUGAACUUAAAACUAAAUCAAACACAAAACAACCGUUUCUGCAAAAACAGUAAAACAUUCAUGUAAAUACCACGAAAUAAAAGAUGACUGUUCUUUUGUCUCAUAUUCGCCUUUUGAUCUCAGAUCCAAAAGCCUUAAGUAUACAGCAGAAAUAAAUUAUUUCACUCUACCGUAACCAUACCUUUGAAGGGCGCUGUACAUCUCUCCCACCUGGCCCACCAAUAAAUAAAUAAAAGCCACAAAACACGGAUCUGAGUUCUUACAGUAGGUAUCAGGUUAUUUAAAUGCGUAAAUUAAAUAACCGUUCAGGUUUUAUAAGUGCGUAAUUAGAAAAUUAUAUUUCUUCAUUUUCAGAAUGCGAUUAGAUAGUAUUCCACAAUAGUCAGGCAGUGCCCUCCAAAAUUGAAUUAAUCUACCGAUAGAGGGCGAACAAAAUCCAAUUUUCCGGCCACAGCCCUUGCCCACAGCCCCCACCCCCACCCCCCACCCAGUAUCCCCGAGCCCCCACCCGCGGUGGAAAGGAGGUGUCUGGGAUCUCGUGCCAUACAAACCCGCACCGAGAACGGGUCUGUGGAUUACAUCACAGUAUAUAUCUGACGGGCCAGGUAAUUAUGCACUUUUGCACCCUUGCACCCUAGUGAAGAAACGGAGAAGCAUGCGGACACGCAGAACCCAGGACUUUAAAAUCGAGAGGCGUAGACCUGCUACUGGUGUCACGCGCGAAGGUGCUGGAGAGAGAGGGGCUCUCCGGACUUUAUGACGCUUCCAUGAACUUACAUUUCCGCACUUCUCUAGGCAUAUGAAAAUCAGAACGUGCGACUAAGUCCUGCAUCCUGAGGACUCCGUCGCUACAGAACCAGGCACUGUUCAUCAAAGCCGCUCGUUCACCUUUACAGUUCUGUUAGGCAACUUGGGCUUGAGAGAGCAGCUGCACCGGGAUCAUCCUAUCUGCAGCGGGGACUAACUGCUGCUUUUUUUCUGCGACCCAGUACCUUGGGAUAUAGAUGCUUGGUUCAGGCGUGUGAUCAUUUAAUUGCACGCCCCGUUCGGUAAUACGGCAAAGGCAUGGGUCGUUCCCGGGUUCUCGUGACGAUGUGCGCGCUGGUCCUGUCCCUGCGGUUCGGAAUCGAGGGCGGCAUGUGCCAACACUUUCUUCUGCUUCGUCCCAUUCCAAGUGACAGUUUGCCAAUUGUAGAACUCAAAGAAGACCCGGAUCCCGUUCUUGACCCCAAUGAGUUGGAUCUUAACGAAACCGAACUAAUGAGUUUACUCGGCAACAACUUUGACUCCAGUGUCAUGUCCGUAUCGCCGCCGCUGAACAACCGGACAGGUGACGACGGCCUGAAUGAUUUGGAAGUCCCGCUGGACCCCCGUCUGCAAGAGCCUGCGGGAGCCAUGCCGAGCGAAAUCGAGUCCAUGGACUUUGACGUUCAGGUUCAGCACGGAAAGAAGAACAAGCCCAGCAAAAAGCUUCGAAAGCGGCUUCAGCUUUGGCUGUGGUCCUACGCGUUUUGUCCGGUGGUUUACACGUGGAGCGACCUCGGGAACAGAUUUUGGCCGCGCUACGUGAAAAUAAGCAGCUGCUACAAUAAGCGGUCCUGUUCUGUGCCCGAGGGGAUGGUGUGUAAACCGGCCAAGUCCACGCAUUUCACCGUACUGCGCUGGAAGUGCCGGCAGCGCCGGUCGGCCGUGAAAUGCACGUGGAUAGCGGUCCAGUACCCCGUCGUAUCAGAAUGCAAAUGCGCCUGCUCGACCUGAAAUGAACCCGGUCUUACCGACACAAAAUCAUAGCGCCAACACGAUUAUUUUUGUAUGCACUACCGAGGGUAGGAAUGUAUGUUGUAUGUAUAUAUGGUGACAUUUAAUUGUAUACCAGUUAGACGGUCAGUAUUAAGUGUUUGUAUUAUGUACUGUGUACAGUUUUAUGAGAAAUAAAUAUACGCCAGUUGAAGGACCAGGAAGCUCUUUUCCAUUAUUCGGAAAAUGUGUUUUAUGGACUUUAAACUUAGAUUACUGUGUUUUUCUGCAGCGAAGAGAAUUGUAAAUGCAGAGUUUAAAUUGGUCGAUUAAUCUUGUACAUUGAUAAUAACUGCUAUUUAUUCUUUAUAUUCCUUUUGCUAGGCAAAUAAAAACACUAUA